GAGUCAGUCGGGCACAUGUAAAAAAAAAAAAAAAAAAAAAAAAAAAAAAAAAAAAAAAUGAAGUCCAUGUUUUUGUUCAUUUUCAUCAUUUGGUUUGCAGCUGCAGAGCUAAAACCCCGGAAAGGGUCCGGUGUGGUGUGUACUUUCAAAGACAAGACAUAUAUCCCAGGAGACAGCUGGCAUCCUUAUCUAGAGCCUUUUGGGUACAUGUUCUGCAUACGCUGCGUCUGCACAGAGACAGGCCAUGUGAAAUGUAACACAAUCAAGUGCCCUGUCCUGCCAUGUGAAAACCCUGUAGCUGAGCCUCAGCAAUGCUGUCCGAGAUGCACAGACGAGCCGAGGAUUCCUGCAGGGCUGAGGGCUUCGGUGAAAUCCUGCAGGUAUAAUGGGAGCAUUUAUCAGCCCGGGGAGACAUUCACCAAACACAACCUCUUCCCAUCCAAGCAAAGCAAUCAGUGUGUUAUGUGCACAUGCUCUGAUGGAAACAUCUUCUGUGCUCUGAAAACCUGCCAACCUAUCACCUGUUCCUCCCCCGCGUCUGUUCCAGAUACCUGCUGUUUGCUUUGUAAAGAUCAUGGCAUCAGUGGGUCCUCAUCAACUGAGGAUGGAAACCAUCAGCUAAACAGAGGAGUUAGGCAUUCGGUUGAUCAGUGCUCUGGAGAACAGAGUAGGGUGCGGUCCAACCGCGCCACGGCACCCAGGACCUCUCCUAGAGGCCUGAGUCUCAGUAAACUCAACCUUAAAGGGGCUUCAGAGACCACCGUGAAGAUUUUGUUGCAGAGGAAACACCAAAGAGCGUGUUUAUACAAUGGCAAGACAUACUCUCAUGGAGACAUGUGGCACCCAGUUUUGGGUAAAGUCCUGGAAUGCAUCCUGUGCACUUGUACUGACGGGAUCUCAGACUGCAAACGCAUCACAUGUCCUACCCAGUACCCUUGCCAACAUCCUAUGAAAUCAGCGGGAAAGUGCUGCAAGACUUGUCCAGAGACUAAAGCUGAAAGUAACCAGACCCAGUGCUAUCUCGGACAUAAAAAUAACCUCUUGGUGUAUAAAGUUGAAUCAGCUCUGAAUGUUGACUCACCCAACACAGUUAGGAUCAUUGCUGUUGAAAGACAAAGUACUGCUGAAGUUGAAGUACAAGUAUGGAACACUAUAGAAGGCGUUUUACAAUUAAUGGAAAUUGGCGACAUUCAAAGGAAAGACAUUUUGGAUCAUCCAGAGAACUGCACGUUGCUCACAACACUCGAUGAAGAGACAUGGAGAAAAUUUAAAGAGGAAGGAGAAAAUCUGAGUAAAGCUCCUCAGACCACGAUUUGUGAAGAUGGCAUUCGGGAGAUUGUGACUUUCCUAAAUCCUAAGCAAACUGAAGGCCUGUGUUCACCCUAAUUGUCACUCUUUGUAUCGUUAUUCAGAAUAACUACUUGGAUUUGCAAGUCAAAUAUAUUAUCUAUACUGUUGUUAAUCCAUCAUUGACCAUCAUGUUUAAUCAUCACAUAUUUUAGUUUUAAACUGUUAGGUUGCACAGCACAGGCUGCAGCAGUGCGCUCGACAGCUGACUUGCUUAUGAUGUGUACUUGUAAUAAUUCAAAAACUAUCAUGAAUUUAGCUAGGUGCUAUAAUUAUAAACAAAAUGUGAACAUGUGAAUAAGAAAUGUAGAUUUCUUAGCAGCUUCAUUCAGUUGUAAUUUUGGGACGAAGGCUUCAAAGACUGUUUUGGCAUUCACUCAGUGGGAUCAGUAUUUGUGGAAGAAAAAACAGCUUUGCUUAAGUACAUGAAAGGAACUUGUAUUUUAAUAUAAGUUGGGAUAGAAGCCACAUUUUGUUUGUUUGUGUGAUCAUCAAAGUAUUUAUUGUAAAUACAGCAAGUUUUUGUCGCCUUAUUUAAAGGGUAUUGUUUCCUAUAUGAUUUCUGUGUAUAUACAUGUGACUGCUUGAAUGUUUUUCUUUUUUUUCUUGAAGUAGUUUCAGGCAUUACAUGGGGGUAAAUGCACAGCUUUUUACAAUUGUGCCUUUUCUGUUGUUAGCUAAAGACCUAUUGUAGCUUCUUUUUGUAUGCAGCUGCACAGUUUGUUGUAAUAUCCUGACAUUUUACUGCUCCACAUACCUUUUGUGUAUUUUAUAGUGGCUGAUGUAGUUGAAUGCACUCUGUACCACCCCUCAUGGGUAUAAAUACCUUAAAGUUU